UAUGUGCUUCUUCAAUGUUAUGUGGUCAGAGUGAAAGCAUAGUAAAUUAGAGAAGGAUGAGCUCGAUAGUGGCCGACGUGAUAUCAGGCACGGCCAUCGCUGCCGCAGGUACGCAGGUAGCAUGGUUUAUACCAAUGUUGGUUGCGGCGAUCGCUUACUAUCAAUACGACCAGACUGAUCCCGAAGGAAGACCAGCUGACGUGGCAGACUCACGACUAUUGCCAGAGUAUGACUUUAUAGUCGUUGGAGCUGGAUCCGCUGGUGCCGUCGUGGCCAAUCGUCUAUCCGAAAUUGGACACUGGAAGGUUCUCUUAUUGGAAGUAGGUGGAGAUGAAACGGAAAUAUCCGAUGUGCCUCUUCUAGCAGGAUACUUACAACUAAGCAAACUAGACUGGAAGUAUAAGACAGAACCGCAGAGCACCAGUUGCUUGGCAAUGGAAGGAGGCCGAUGUAACUGGCCUCGAGGAAAGGUGCUCGGUGGUAGCUCCGUACUGAACUAUAUGCUAUACUUGAGAGGCAACAAAAGAGAUUACGACAUUUGGGAAUCAUUAGGAAACAAAGGGUGGGGCUAUAGAGACGUAUUGUAUUACUUUAAAAAGUCCGAAGAUAACCAGAAUCCGUAUUUAGCCAAUACACCCUAUCACAGCACUGGAGGUUAUUUAACGGUCUCUGAAGCACCUUAUCAUACGCCUCUUGUAUCGAGUUUCAUAGACGCUGGUUUGGAAUUGGGCUAUCUGAAUAGGGAUAUUAACGGAGAGAAUCAAACUGGUUUUAUGGUAGCUCAAGGUACAGUUCGGCGCGGCAGUCGCUGUUCAACUGCAAAGGCAUUUUUAAGACCAGCUAAAGAUCGAACGAACUUACACAUCUCAAUUAACUCGUUUGUCACCAAAGUUAUGAUAGACCCAAGAACGAAAAUAGCUUUUGGAGUGGAGUAUAUCAAAAAUAAAAUGGUUUACCGAAUUAGAGCUAGAAAAGAAGUUAUUUUAUCUGGAGGAACUAUUAAUUCUGCUCAAUUAUUACUAUUGUCUGGCAUAGGACCAGAAGAAGAACUAUCAAAGCAUAGAAUACCUUUGAUUCAAAAUCUUCAAGUUGGCAAAAAUCUUCAGGACCAUAUUGGUUUAGGGGGAUUAGCGUUUAUGAUAAAUAAACCAAUCUCUAUUAUUGAAAAUAGACUUCACACUGUGAGCACAUUGAUGGAGUACGCAGUAAUGGGAGAGGGGCCCUUAACAAUAAUGGGGGGCGUUGAGGGAUUAGCUUUCGUUAACACCAAGUAUGUUAAUGCGUCAGACGAUUUCCCUGAUAUAGAGUUUCAUUUUAUAUCAGGCGCAACUAAUUCUGAUGGAGGCGGGCAGUUACGAAGAGUUCACGGAUUGACUGAAAAAUUCUAUAAUACAGUAUUCCAACCUAUUAACAAUGCAGAUGUGUGGAGUAUUAUUCCCAUGUUACUACGUCCUAAGAGUAAGGGUUAUAUUCAAUUGAGGAGUGCAAAUCCUUACGAUUAUCCAUAUAUUUAUCCAAACUAUUUAACUGAUGAAAAUGAUGUAAAGACCUUAGUAGAGGGUGUAAAAAUUGCGUUUGCUCUUUCUAGAACAAAAGCCUUUCAAAAACAUGCAUCUGUGUUUAAUAACCAUAUAUUUCCAGCCUGCCGCAAUUUAGUAAAAUUCACAGAUGCGUUUUGGGAAUGCAUGAUAAGGCAAUACACUUGCACAAUUUAUCAUCCAGUUGGCACUGUGAAGAUGGGACCUUAUUGGGAUCCGGAUGCUGUUGUUGAUCCUGAGCUUAAGGUUUAUGGUGUAAAGGGUCUCAGAGUUGUAGACGGGAGUAUUAUGCCUAAUUUAGUGAGCGGUAAUACAAAUGCUCCAAUUAUAAUGAUUGGAGAAAAGGGCAGUGACAUGAUUAAAGAAUUUUGGUUAAAACGUAGAAUGUCAAGAUAUUACGCAUAA